CAAGUUUUCUGAUGUAUUUGCUUGCACCUUUUUCCCCUGCUGUUUGGUGAACCCAGCCCCCCUCUCCCCCCCCCACCGGUCUCCCAAGGAUGGAUCAUUCCCAGUGCCUUGUGACUAUAUACGCCUUGGUGGUUCUGCUGGGUCUCCGGCUAGAGCAAGGCGCCUGCCAGCACUAUCUGCACAUCCGACCGGCUCCCAGCGACAACCUGCCCUUGGUGGAUCUAAUCGAGCACCCGGACCCUAUCUUUGACCCCAAGGAGAAGGAUCUUAACGAGACCUUGCUAAGGAACCUCAUGGGCGGACACUUCGACCCUAACUUUAUGGCUAUUUCCUUGCCCGAGGACCGGCUCGGAGUGGACGAUCUAGCUGAGCUGGACUUGCUGCUCAGGCAGAGACCCUCGGGAGCGAUGCCCAGCGAAAUCAAAGGGCUGGAGUUUUACGACGGGCUGCAGCCGGGCAAGAAGCACAGGCUGAGCAAGAAGCUGCGCAGGAAGCUGCAGAUGUGGCUCUGGUCCCAGACCUUCUGCCCGGUCCUAUACACGUGGAACGAUCUCGGCAGCCGCUUUUGGCCCCGGUAUGUCAAAGUGGGCAGCUGCUACAGUAAAAGGUCUUGUUCAGUCCCAGAAGGCAUGGUUUGCAAACCUGCCAAGUCCGUGCAUUUAACGAUCCUGAGGUGGAGGUGCCAGCGUCGGGGAGGGCAGAGGUGCACAUGGAUACCCAUCCAGUACCCCAUCAUUUCGGAGUGCAAGUGCUCCUGCUAGGGCUUGCACUUACCUUUUCUCGCCCCUUCUCCAGCGGACUCACGUGGACCUUUGCUGCAACAAAAAUAAAAGACAUUUGCUUUCUGGUUAACGUUGUAAUGCACUGUAACGUGUAGGAGAAUGUAUAUUGUGUGUAUAUAUGGCACCGUUUUAAUAUACUAUUAAAAGGUCAGUAUUAUACGUGAAAUAAUCAGCGUCUACUGUAUUUUUAAGACUAUUACUCUGA